GUGAUGCGGUGCCCCACCCUGCUGGCCCUGCUGGCAGGGGUCAUGCUGUACCUGGUGAUAGGGGCGCUGGUGUUCCGGACCCUGGAAAGCCCCAAGGAGAGCAAGGAGCACGAGAAGCUGCUCUGUACCACACGUGACUUCCUCCAAAACCACUCCUGUGUCACUGCACAGAACCUCAGCGACCUCAUCAAGAGUGUGGUGAAGGCGGUGGAGGCGGGCCUGGAUGUAAAACACAGCUCCACCAACUUCACUAGCAGGUGGGACCUGGCCAGCGCCUUCUUCUUCUGUGGUACCAUCAUCACCACCAUCGGGUUUGGUAACCUGUCUCCCAGGACCAAAUGGGGCCAGCUGUUCUGCGUGUGUUAUGCCCUGGUAGGGAUCCCUAUGUUUGGUUUCCUGCUGGCUGGUGUCGGGGACCACAUGGGGACGGGGCUGAGGAAGGCCGUGUGGAAGAUGGAGACACUUUUCCUGAAGCGGCGGGUCAGUCCCACUUAUGUGCGGGUCAUGUCUGCCGUUCUGUCCAUCCUGAUUGGCUGUCUGAUCUUCCUCGCCGUGCCAACGCUGGUGUUUAAGGAAGUGGAGGACUGGUCCUUUCUGGAGGCGCUCUACUUUGUGGUCAUCACCCUGACCACGGUCGGCUUCGGAGACUAUGUAGCAGGUGCUAACCGGCGGGACGGAGAUCUGUUUAAGCCCCUUGUGUGGCUCUGGAUAGUGUUUGGCCUGGCUUACUUUGCUUCCAUACUCACCAUGAUCGGAAACUGGCUGCGGGUGCUGUCCAAGAAAACACGUGCUGAGAUGGAGGAGUUGAGGGCCCAUGCUACAGACUGGACCCAGAACAUCCAAAACAUGUCCAUGGACUUCCGGAUCCCCAACCCUCUGGAACUCAAUGACCCCUUCCUGCUGCAGCGGCGCCGCUGGAAACGCAGCACCCGGCGACGGGUCCGCAGGGGGGCGCUGGGGCACCGCGGCAGGCAGGGCGCCAUAGGGGAGAACGGACAUCUGCCCAAUAGGUGGGUCACACGCUCCAUGACCCGUCUGGAGGUCGUGAGGUUAGGGGGGGGUGAGGUUAGGACUGAGGGGGUGAGGUUAGGACCAGGGAUGGGGCUAGGGGUAGGUUUGAGGGCAGAUUGCAGGGUCAAUGCGAGGUCAGAGGGCCGGACGGUUGCAAGGUCGCUGUCGAUGCCUGCGGCGCGCUCCGUGAUGGAGUUAGACUAUGACCCUGAUCCUGUUGCGAUAAUGAUGAUGCCAUGGGAGUCGGGCUCUGUGUCCGAGUCUCCAGAGUCUGACUCCAGAUCAGUUGUCUCCUCCUCUGACUCUCACACCUCUGACAUGUGUAUGCCAGGGCGGAGGAUGCCUUUUGCUAGUUUUGACCCCAGUGGGUCUCUCUGUACUGAACAGAGGGGACGCCAUGGAGGAUCCAGGCUGGUAUAUUUCAGGGAGGACGUCCAGUUCCCUGUGCCUCUCCAGCAACUCCCCAAGUCGCCCAACUCCACCAUGCCGCUCCCCAUGACCCCUUUGCCCACCCCGCCAGGCUGCAAGAUGCUAGAUUUCUUCGGGGAGAACUUGGCCUACAUCGACGAGUCGUCAGACACGCUAAGUGACCGGAACCAGACGGUUGAGGGGGGUGUCAGUCCUCGUCCCCGGAUACACCGCAGGAGGAGCAUGAGGAGGCAGCUGAAGGAGAGGAGGGACAGCGACAUGCAGCCCCCCUCUAACCCCCCGACUCCUCCCCCCCUCCCCCAUCUCAGAGACUGA